AUGUCUUCGCUCUUUCGAAUCGGUCAAGUUCUAAAAGGACAUGCUAGCCAAUACACGAUCACGAAACAAAUCCAAGAUACUGUAUGGUUUGCAAAGAAUCAUCUGCAUAAGCUUACAGUCAUCAAGAGCGUUCUUGAUCACCCACGGGUAGAGAAUGAAAGAGACGUACUCAAAAGAUUUCAGCAUCGCACCCCGUACCUCCGACCUGUGAUUGAUGAAAUCGAAGAACCAAAUGUCCCUCAAGACCUUUUGCAAGCAGACAUUGAGAGAACUUUGAAUAGAAGCGAACUCAAAUACGUGUCGCGAUGCGUAUUAGAGGCAAUCAAGACCCUACAUGAGGAUGGGUUUGUGCACACAGAUGUCAAGCCAAACAACGUCUUCGUUAAUCUGCAUGAAGGAGAAAAUCGAUUUUCCGACGUCCAACUAGGCGACUUGGGUGGAUGCUAUCCUGCUGAUUCGAAGUGGGCUACAUCUGGCACCAUGGUUGGAACACCGAUAUGGACGAGCCCCGAGAUUCUAAUGGAGUUGCCGUGGAACACUACAGCUGACAUAUGGUCUUUCGGUGCCAUGCUUAUCAGUCUUAUAUACGGUAAUGACUUUAACAUCUUCAAACCCGUAGGAAUGAAACGCGAUGACGAAGAGUAUGUGUCCGGGGUUGUCAUAGAGCAGUUCAAAAUUUUCGGUCCUUUCCCUGCCAAAAUCGCUGAGAUUGCAGACUCAGAAACGAUACAUAGCAUCAACUUAAUCAUGCGAGCCAUCCCCAAGGAGAAGGCAACGCCAUUUUCGCGAAUCACCCGGCGCGAAGUAAGCCAGAGAGACAACAUCUUCAUAUCCAAGAUGAUGAAACUCGACUGGAGAGACCGCCCAACAGCAAACGAGUUGCUCGAAGACGAAUGGUGGAAUGAUGUCGACUAA